AUGACCGGAGUGAUAAAUUCAAAGAGUGACAUUUACAGCUUUGGAGUUAUUCUGAUGGAACUCUUGACUGGACGAAAACUUGUUGACCAUACUUUGCCACGUGGUCAACAGAGUCUAGUCACCUGGGCAACACCAAGACUUAGUGAAGAUAAGGUGUUACAUUGUGUUGAUGCUAGACUGACUGGAGAAUACCCGCCACAAGCAGUUGCCAAGAUGGCGGAAGUAGCGGCUGUGUGUGUGCAGUAUGAUGCUGAUUUUAGACCAAACAUGAGCAUUGUUGUUAAAGAACUGCAGUCAUUGUUGAAUGGUCAUGCUGGACCCCCCAACUGA